CCUAUAUAUAGAAAUGAGCAAACCAGUGAUACUUUAGGGAGCAGGCGGGGCCCAUUACAUACAUCACAGGAGCCUACACAACACAAAACACUGUUACUGUAUGUAGGUUUUAUUUUAUUUGUUUUUUAUCUUAUAUUUUGGAAAUGUACAUCCAGGGUUUUUUUCCUUUAAAUUUUUAGGCGACCCCAAAAGAGUGGGGCCCUAAGCUAUAGCAUGUUCCGUUUAUACGUAAAUCUGGCACUGCUCCUAUGGCCUUAACCUAUAUUAAUAGGUAUGUCUCGGGUCAGCCUCUUGAGGAACCGUAAUCCGGUUCCCUCCAGCCGCGUUCUUUCUUGAGAGAACCGCCUCGGCUCCUUUAAUAAUCUCCCCUCGAGAACCAGAACCCUGCGAGACGUGUAUGUGUUCGGUGUUUGUGCGGGGGAAAGCAGCAAAACGUUCUGUCAGAACGAGCGAAGGAACUCCGCGCCAUCUUCGCUCCAUUUCCCUCCCUCGCGCCGCCGCAACGUUAUUCCCGCCAAGAGAGCGGCGGGACCGGGGGGGGGGGCGCCCGGCCGCCAUUUUGUUUCGCCGACGGACGAUGCUGCGAAACCUCCGCCGGGCAGCCACGGCCUCUCUGCUGGCGCUCCUGGGGCUGCUCAACACGCCCAGAAACGCCACGUCUCUCUUGUCCAUGGAGGGUGAGCCCGGCUUUCUCUCCCUCCGGCCGCCCUUCCCACGUUCUCCGCGCGCUGCGCUCGAGCCGCCAAAAAAGACAGGGGUGGAACUGCGCGUGCGCGUGGGAGGCAGCGAAGGAAGGAGGGGCGGGGAUUUCCUCGGAAAGUCCCUGAGAGGACUGGGAAUUGCUCCCAAAUCGAGCGGGCGGGCGAGGCCUGUGGAUCCGCCGUGAGGAGGAUCUGGCGGCGGCAUUGGGGUCCCCGUGGAAGGACCCAUCGCGGCCUCAGGAACCGGAGAAAUGUGAUUGUUAUCCCCAACCCCAACAAAUGUUCUCUUUCCAGCAAGCUGUCGCUGGGCGGCUCGAAACGGAGGGGUGUUUUUUAUAUUAUUAUUAUUAUUAUUAUUAUUAUUAUUAUUAUUAUUAUUAUUAUUAUUAUUAGUGUUUUAAUAUUAUUAUUAUUAUUAUUAUUAUUAGUGUUUUUAUAUUAUUAUUUUAUCAUCAUCAUCUUAAAAACCAUAAAAUAAUACAUCUUGGGCUCCCAUCUCAUUAAAAGGAAGGGAUACAACAACUGGAAAGGCUAAAAUGUGUAUACAUCAAGCAUUCCAAAUUAUGUUACCCACCCCAAACACAGGAAGGUGCUUGCGUGUAAACUUUAUUGCGUGAGGAACUCCAGAGGUCUGCAAGUUGGGUUUCUGCUUCGGCUUUUGUAGCAUAAAAAGGCCAAAACUAUUGUGUAAGGAACGCCAGAGUGGCUAGUUAGGUCUGCAAGUUGUUUUUUUAUUUUUGUAUUAUAAGUAGGCCAGAACUAUUGUGUGAGGAACUCCAGAGUGGAUUGUUAGGUCUGUAAGUUGAUUUGUUUUUGUUUGUUUUUGUAUUAUUAAAAAGAUCAAAACUAGGAUAUUUAUGGUAACUUGUUUCCCAGUAUGUGCAACAGAGUGUUUAAAUCCUGUUCAACACCUUGUGAAAUCUGUGUCAGCCUGAGAUAGAUUUCACAGCAGAGUAGAAAGGGUAGCAACAAAGAGGUUGGCUGGGUGGUAGAAGGUCUGUCUGAAACGAGGCAGCAACCUUCGAGGCUGAUUUGUUUUGGGGGGCAUAAACCUUCAAUGGUCAGUGUGUAGUUAAAUCAGAUUUGGGAAAGCAGGGUAUAAAUAAUAAAUAAUUAUUAUUCCUUGGAAAUUGAAGUCCCCUCCUUCCUAAAGUGCUUCCAUGGAGGAUGCUAUUGCCUAAUAGACACAGUGACUACUCUGGAGUAUUUGCUUCCAAGUUAAAAUAGUGCUCUAGAUUUGGCAGCUCAUAAGUGGCAUUCAUUCUUUAGGCUUCAUCCCUCUGCAACGUUACCUUGGAGUAAGCCCUACUGAAGCAUGGAACAUUGGCUUCUUGUGAACCAUGUCCCAGAGAGUAGCUGUGUUAGUCUCUUCCAGCAGCAAGGACAACGGAUCUUGUGGCAGCUUUUUAAAAAAACACCUUUAUUGUGGCAGAAACUUUCACGGACUAAAAAUCACUUCAAUGGAUGCAUGGAGUGUUAUGAGGGGCAGAAGGAAGGGUAGAAUUUUAAUAAUAAUAAUAAUGGCAUUUAAAGAUUAUUUAGAAAAUCUGGAAGGGGCAGUAGUUAUGGUUAAGACCAGGCAUCCCCAAACUUUGUCCUCCAGAUGUUUUGGGACUAUAACUCCCAUCAUCCCUAGCUAACAGGACCAGUGGUCAGGGAUGAUGGGAAUUGUAGUCCCAAAACGUCUGGAGGGCUAAGUUUGGGGAUGCCUGUAAGACCAUCAUCCUUUGUGGACUAACCUCCAAUCUUCAGAGUUUGGGUGAACAUGUUGGCAAACCCUUUGCUCUAGUAGUGAUGUUAAUUGAUGCCAGAUCAGUUCAAAUAAGUCAUCUGUUUUCCAUGGGGGUGCCCAAGGUGACAUAUAUUACUGAGACCCAGGUGGGUUAGCUGAGCAGACCAUAUUUAUCCUAGCUUUGUCCCCCAGGGUACUUGGUUCAGAACCAGGCCAGGUCAGACGGGAGGGGAGAGAUGCUGCUGACCAUGAAAAUUCCAUUGUCCUCACCAGGAAGCCAGUGUGCUCUGUAACUGAUAAGAGGGUUUGUUCCUGGAUUUGGGCCCUUGAGAUAGAAUAAGAUACUACUGAUGUACUGCCCAUCCCGCUGCCCAGCAGUCUUUUUAGCUGAGGUGGUCUCAGAGGUCAUGUUGGAGAACAUUUCACUGUUGCGUUGGAAGACUUCAGUGUCCAUGCUGAAGCUGCAUUUACUGGGCCCACGGAGGAUUUCAUGACCUCCAUGACAACCAUGGGGUUUCUCAGUACAUCAAGGUUCAACUCACGUUGUGGGGCAUACCCCAGAUCUGAUUUUUGCGACAGAAGGUAUUGUGGAUUUGUGGUGAACUGUUUAUCACGGAUGAAUACUUUUUUGGUGUGCUUUGGAUUGGUAGCAGCAAGAUCCCCCUGUAAGGGUGGGGGGUUAAGAUGGUCCACCCCUGAAGACUUAUGGAAUCCAAAGGAUUCCUGAAUGCUUCGUGGGAUUUUCUGACUCACACGGUUAGUGCUGCUGUUGAAGCCCUGGUUGGCCACAGGUUUUCAUAGUCUGGUUAUUUCCAAGUAGGGCUAUUGUAAUGUGCCCUACAUGCCUUUGAAAAUGGUCUGGAAGUUGCAACUGGUGCAGAAUGCUGAUGCCAGAGUUCUAGCUGAAUGCCCCAGGGUAUCCUCUAACAUAAAUUCUGAAACAAUUGCACUGCUUGUCUAUUGUCUUCCAGGCCUAAUUUAAGCUGUACAAAUUAAAAAGUUAACCUGAAUGCCCUAGGCUCCAAGUAUCUGAAAGUGUGCCUCCUCCCAUACUGACCUGCAUGAAUUUUAAAAUCUACGUGGGAAGCCCUGAGGCUUAUGGAAUAGGGGUCUGUGGACCAUCUUUCUCUGCAGUGGCUGCUCUUCUUUGGAACAGUCUCUCCUUUAGUAGUGGUAUGGAACCUUUGAAAUUAUAUUGUUGCUGAUGGUUUCAUUUGUUACUGAGUUCCGUAUAUUGUUUUAGAGUGUUUCAAUUUCAAUUUUUAACUUUUGGUUUGGAUUGUGUAUAUUUCCAACCUAGGACCUUUGGGUAAUAACAUAAAUAAUUACGACACAGUCCAGUCAUUGUUCAUAGUGUUUCAUCAUCUGAAGCAUGUGUCAAAAUUCUGGUGGGCUCCACAAUGUCAGAGUGGGCAUUUAAGGAUAAUCACGUUGAUGGCCCUAGACUCCUUGCCAUUCCUCAGUGAGACCAGGACCUCAACAGGGGUGUCAGACAUGCCAAUCAGAAAAUCCCAUACAGCAGGGGACCCCAGACUGUGGCCAAUGGACCAUGAAUGAGAUGAGCACUGUCUGUGAACAGUGGGUGCAAAGACUGUGUCAUCAUUCUUAGAACCCAGGGAUCCAGUCUGGCCACAAGGUGAGCUGGAAGUGGACCAGAAGUAAUGAGAGGAAGACACUUGGAAAGGGUUCUAAGGAAUACCAAUUGUAAUACAGUGGUGCCCCGCAAGACGAAUGCCUCGCAAGACGAAAAACUCGCUAGACGAUAGAGUUUUCCGUUUUUUGAGUCGUUCCGCAAGACGAAUUUCCCUAUGGGCUUGCUUCGCAAGUUCUUGCGAGUUCUUGCGAGUUUGUUUCCUUUUUCUUAAAGCCGCUAAGCCGUUAAUAGCCGCUAAGCCGCUAAUAGCCGUGCUUUGCAAGACGAAAAAACCGCAAGACGAAGAGACUCGCGGAACGGAUUAAUUUCGUCUUGCGAGGCACCACUGUGCAAUACAAUGAAGUACAGUAUAUGAGAAAAGAAUCAAGGAAAGUGCAGUUAAAAAUCAUACAGCAUUUAGCAAAUUGCAUCACAUUUACAACAACAGGCAGAAAAAAAUAUGUGGUCCACUAAGACCUUCAGCAACUUUCAAGUGGUCUGGGGUGAGAGGUUUGGGAACCAAUGCCCUAAAGAAUUCCUUAUCAUCUGUAAAUUUCUUAACCUGCCCCUCACCUUUACAGGGGGGAACCAUCACUGCCAGACCUAACUCACCAAGAAAUGGUGUCUAUCUUUAUUAUUUAUUUAAGACAUUUAUAUACUAUUUAAUUAUUUGCAUUUCUAAAUGGUAUAUAUAAAGACCAGCCACAGAAAAUGGGUCCAGAGGGUGGGUGCAUAACAAAGGUGCUAACACCUCCAACCACAGAGACAAAACCAGUCCACUCUGUGGCAAAAACCAGAUUGUGAUCCACAACGUGUGUCAAAGGGGUAAGUGAUUCAAAAGUUUACAGUCUUGCAUAAACUCUCUCCAGAGACAGAAGCGCUAUGGCAAACUGGUCGGUUUAUACAAUGACCCUUUAGAUCUACUUUUAAGUUUGUUUUGAUCGAUGGAUUGGUGUGUAUUAACAGAACAUUUACAUUCAUGGCAUCUCAUCAGUAUAUCUGUGUUUUGAUUUCUAGACUGCGGAACAAGGCCUCUUAUGGAUGAGAAAAAAACAGAGUCUCGGAUUAUAGGUGGACAUGAUGCCAUGGUUGGAUCUUGGCCAUGGCAAGUUAGCCUUCAGCAUUAUACCAUUGGCCUAGGAUAUUUCCAUCUGUGUGGUGGAAGUUUAAUUACAAACAACACGGUGUUGACAGCAGCACACUGCGUUAAAAAAAAUAGGCAUGUAUCUAUUCUAAAGUGUGAGAAAGGUGUACUGAUUUUUUUUUAAGCACUUGGUGAAUAUUCAGAAUUCAUGGGAGUGGGGACAUAUUUCAAGGAGGAGUGGGAGAGGAAAUGAGACACUGGGACUUCAGGAAUACAUUUCUCCUCUCAUCCUCCCCAAAUCUUUUCCCACCCAACAACAUAGAAGUAAAUGACUGGAUGUUUCCUUUUUUAAUACUAUAUAGUUUGGUAGUUAAAACAGUGUGACAAAGUAAAUUUUUCAUCUCCUGGUACUCUUCCCCUCUGCUCCCCUUGCACUUAUCAGAAGCCUCUCAGGUCUGAAAGGUGAAGAGGGAAAUGGAAGCAGGGAGGGGAAGAAUUAUGAGAUUAUUUCAGUUGUGUGCACUUCUCCUUUAUUAAAGUAGGGUUACAGUUUCAAGCAUAAGUUCAUGUUUCAAGAAACUCAUUGCACGGAAUACAAUCUAAUCUAUUUUAGGGUACGCAAGUACGGAGGGCACUAAUGUCCUCCCAUUUCCAAAUUACAGUAUGCUGAGGUGUUUUUUCCCCUACUUUGGCAGCAGGCAUACAUGCUGAUUCCGCAAAGUGUAGAUGCAACUGCACUCAAGCUUCAAAAUAUGCUUGUCAUGGAGCAUGGGUUAUCAGCUACUCUUUUGUAGCUGACACAUGCCCAAAAUCUUGGUGUAGAAUUAUUUUUUGCAGUUCUUCAGCUUCUAACCUUAGUAUUUGUAACUCUGUGGGGAGUCAUCAUUAUUCUUACUCUGGUUUUCAGGGGUGGAGAUUUUCUUUAAUUCUAAAUAUAUAGGUUAGAAUUCAACAUCACAGAGAUUUGACUGUUCUGUUAGUAGAAGUAUUUCUGCAUGCCGGAAGGAGCAAUAUCCCAUAUCCUCUUCCCACAUGCUGUUCUGGAGAUUUUUCUGAGCUUCCAGACUGGGAGGAGCUCCCUUACACUUACAUUUUUGCACUGGCUUCCGCUAGUGCUCCGAGUUACUUGAAUCCAACUUGUAGCUUCCAUCUUUAUUUUAUUUAUAGACUAUCUUCUAUUUAGAUAAUUUCAUUAUGGUUCACAGUAGAGUUAUUAAGACCAAUACAUUAAAGCAAUAAAUAACAGCAGUGCCCAAAAAACCAAACAAAAACAGAGCUAGCUAAUACAAAUGAUCGGAGAGAACCAUUUUUCAACAAGCCCCAUGAGCACAUCUCUAUUGGUGCUUGUCUUAUUUCAGAGCUGUGGUGAGUCCAUAGGGUCAAUGGCACAACAGGGGGAAAAUCCCGUACUUAAAGCAAGACGGACCUUAGCAGAUGACAGUUUGGCUAGGAAGGCCUUGCCUGCAGAUCUCGGUGACCUGGAGAUUCACAUUGGAGAAGGGAUAAUUGUUAUCAUAAGACCAGUCCAGAGGCAGAGACAGGCAGACAACUUAUAAAGUUGCUGUGCUUAUUGAUAAGUCCAUCAUGAUAAGAUUUUUGGGGAGUUGUGUGUAAAUGGAAUUGUUGUGGCAUGUUUCAAGGCUGCUUUGAUCAAUGUGAGGCCCAUCAGCUUAGAUGAUUUUAAAAGUGCAUGAGACAAAUUUAUGGAGGAUAUGUCUGUCAAUUGUGAAUAGUCAUACUGAGCAUGGCUCAUGCUGCUUCCAGAUGCAGAGGCACUAUACCCGAGUACCAAUUGCUGAGCAGCAACUGUAGGUUCUGCUUGUGAGCUUCCUACAGGGAACCAUCUGAUUGGCUGUUAAAGGACAUGAUUUGGUUUGAUCUAGCAGGAUUCCUCUUAUGCAUAUAUGCUUUUACUGGUUAUAUUACUAUUACUGCAGAAACCUUUGUCAUUCCCUCACCAUUUGACUCUGGCACCAUGCUUGCUAGUUUUACACCACGCUUGAAGUAACUAUUCUAAAAUAGUUACUGACUCUGUUUUUUAUUUUAUUCUGUCCUAGGAACGCAGCCUUUUGGAGGGCUGUCAUCGCCGUGCAUCAUCUUCAUGCACACAACUAUUAUACUCGAAAGCGCCGGGUCAGUACAAUCACGGUCCAUUCUGAUUAUGAUUCAGAAAGCUAUGAAAAUGAUAUUGCCUUGUUUACGCUAAUAAAACAUGUAAAAUAUAAUAAUUAUAUUCAGCCCGUCUGCAUACCUGAAAAUGAUACUAUUGACAUGUACCCAUGUUACAUAGCUGGCUGGGGAAACACAAAGGAGAAAGGUAAAUCUUCUACUUUUCCUUUAAACUAAACUAUUGUUAAGAGUGAGAAUUAGUUAUUUCAAAAAGCUUCUUUGCCAUUUGAUGGUGUAUUACACAGAGGUAAACCUGGGUUUGGUUUGCCCGUUAGUGUACACAAGGAAUUUCUGAUAGUCGUGAUGAUUAAUUUGGUUUUCAUACCCUUUCUUUAUAUUUUUUAAUGUACAAUUAAAGUUUUUAAAUAUUUAAUGUAAUUGUGAAAUGUUUCUUGCUCAUCACCUUUCCUGGGCACUGAACUGUAAAACAGGUGUUCAGGAAGUGUUAUCAAUAUUAGCAGCCCUAACCCUGAGUCAGUUUUUCUGUCAGCAGUAAUGAUGCAAAAUUUUAAUCUUGUGUGCAGAAUAUUUACUAGCUAACCAUAAGCAAACUGGGCAGAUUUCUUCAGAAGUAUUUGCUCUUUUAAUCCAGAAAAAGGAGUGUCAUUUGUUGAGUCUAUAAAUUCUUUAGCUGUGUUUAUGUUUUUAAACUCUAUACAGUGGUACCUCGGGUUAAGUACUUAAUUCGUUCUGGAGGUCCGUUCUUAACCUGAAACUGUUCUUAACCUGAAGCACCACUUUAGCUAAUGGGGCCUCCUGCUGCUGCGCGCCGCCGGAGCACAAUUUCUGUUCUCAUCCUGAAGCAAAGUUCUUAACCCGAGGUACUAUUUCUGGGUUAGCGGAGUCUGUAACCUGAAGCGUAUGUAACCCGAGGUACCACUGUAUUAAUCAAGAUAAAAAUAUUUAACAGCUUAUAAUCAAGGUCAGAAAACACAAAAUAAAAAUUCACUCUGUGAGCACUAAGAAAAGCUGGAUUCUGCAAGGUCUGCAGACACACCCUCCAGAUUUUGCUGAACUGCAACUCCCAUUGGCCCUAGCCAGGAUGGCCAGUGGCAGGGGAGGAUGGAAGUUGUAGUUCAUCAUCUGGCUGGCCAAAGGUUCUUUGUAUAUGAUCUAUUGCUUAGACAAAAUAUUUGUCAUGCUUUCUGCAUUUAUCAUAUGAGGGCAGUAUAUGUACUUGUGUCUUGAACCUGCCAUGUAUUCGUCUCUAUCAUACUUUUCAGAAAUACGGUAAGCACUCAGAAAGUCACUUCUCUGCUUUUUCAAAACUUGCCUGAGAUUUGUGCACUUGAGAAAACUAUACUUUAAUUUUUAAGUUAUUUGAUCUAGUCUACAAAGUCUAGUCUAUCUUUUGUUAUGACUCAUAGCUGAUGCAGGCAUACCGAAUUGGGUAAGCCACUGGGUUAUAUUUAAAUGUAUUAACCAAACCCAGCAGACUCUUAUGUACUGAUAACCUAAUGCACUUUAUUUCAAUUCAACCUUGCUGGAUGGGGAACACUGAAGGGCUGGUUUUAAUUAAUUAAUACCUCAAACCUUGAACCAAUAACAAACAAGUUCAAUAACACCUGAAAUCAUAGAAUAAUUAAGAAGAAAACAAAAUAUUGUAAUUAAAACAUAGGCACCCAAAUCUCAAUGUUGAGCAUACACAGCUCCAUAUAUACCUGGGGCCUGCGAUGGCUAGCAAACAGAAUUCAUUACAAGUUCAGUAAGGAUUUGUGAGCCUUAUUCUGAAAACGAAGGUAGGUUUCAUAGACCUACUUGGGAAAUACAAACCUGGUUUAUUAAGUUUAAGAGUUAGACUGGCUUAAGCGGUUACCCAGCCACGUUGCAUACCUGAGAACCUUGUUUCAGAAUGUUAAACGCAUUCUUCCAGCAGUUUUUUGUGCUUUCCUUUCAGGUGGUGGCAAAUUAAUAUUACAAGAAGCUCAGGUAGACGUUUUUCCGCUGAGAUUAUGCAAUAGAUAUGACUCGUAUGCAGGGAGAUUAACAGAAAACAUGGUUUGUGCUGGCUCUCUGACUGGACGUGUUGAUAGCUGCCAGGUAAAAUGGAGAAUAUACAAUAAGUAGUCAAAACAUUCUGUCAUGUAGUUGCUUGACUAAUAUAUCAAAGCAAUGUAUCAAAGUCACUGGUAAAUGAGGGGGAAAUGAAUCAUUUUUUUUAUUUUAUUUUUUUAUAAUGAUAUUUAUUAAGGUUUCAAUAAAAGAUUAAACAGAAAAACACAAAAAAGAAAUACACAGUUCAAAAAUGCACAACACACAGUCCAAAAAAAACAAACAAAAAAAACAACAACAGAAGACAAAAAGAAAAAAGAACAAUUAAAAACAAUAUCACCUUUUCAUUUCCAUCUUUAAAUUUACUUAUUUUCUGGACCUCCUCGUACCUCCCUCUUUUGUAUUCCAGUUCAAAUUGUUUGUCCAGCAAUUUCUUUCCCUCUUUUUUAAUCCCAAUCUUUAAUCUUAAUAUAAUAUAACAUUAAAAUUUUACCUUUUAAAAACCAAAUUUCCCUUUCCUUAAGAUUCUUUAAUCCUAAUCCUUAAUCUUAGUCUGUCUAUAACUUUAAAUUCUGUACAGCUGGAAACCACUUAUUUUCAAUCCAACAUCACUCUAACAUUCUUUAAUUUUGCAAUGUUUCUGCAGAUAAUCUUUGAAUUUCUUCCAAUCUUCCUCCACCAACUCUUCUCCCUGGUCACGGAUUCUACCAGUCAUUUCCGCUAGUUCCAUAUAGUCCAUCAGUUUCAUCUGCCAUUCCUCCGGUGUGGGUAGUUCUUGUGUCUUCCAAUACUUUGCAAUGAGUAUUCUUGCUGCUGUUGUUGCAUACAUAAAGAAAGUUCUAUCCUUUUUUAUCACCAUUUGGCCGACUAUGCCCAGGAGAAAGGCCUCUGGUUUCUUGGGGAUGGUAUAUUUGAAUACCUUUUUCAAUUCAUUAUAUAUCAUUUCCCAGAAAGCCUUAAUCUUUGGGCACGUCCACCAAAGGUGAAAAAAUGUACCUUCAGUUUCUUUACAUUCCAAACAUUUAUUAUCGGGCAAAUGAUAGAUUUUUGCAAGCUUGACUGGGGUUAUGUACUACCUGUAUAUCAUUUUCAUAAUAUUCUCUCUUAAGGCAUUACAUGCCGUAAAUUUCAUACCUGUGGUCCAUAACUGUUCCCAGUCAGCAAACAUAAUAUUAUGUCCAACAUCUUGUGCCCAUUUAAUCAUAGCCGAUUUUACCGUUUCAUCCUGAGUGUUCCAUUUCAGCAGCAAAUUAUACAUUCUUGACAAAUUCUUAGUUUUGGGUUCUAACAGCUCAGUUUCUAAUUUUGAUUUUUCCACCUGGAAGCCAAUUUUCUUGUCCAAUUUAAAUGCCUCCAUUCUCUGAAAAUAAUGAAGCCAGUCUUGCACUUUGUUUUUUAGUUUUUCAAAGCUCUGCAAUUUCAGUCUAUCUCCAUCUUGUUCCAAAAUUUCCCAAUAUUUCGGCCAUUUGACCUCCAUAUUGAGCUUUUUCAAGGCUUUCGCUUCCAUUGGUGACAGCCACCUUGGAGUUUUGUUUUCUAACAAAUCCUUAUAUCUUAUCCAAACAUUAAACAGCGCUUUCCUGACAAUGUGGUUUUUAAAUGCUUUAUGUGCUUUGACCUUAUCAUACCAUAGAUAUGCAUGCCAUCCAAAUACAUUGUUAAAACCUUCUAGGUCCAAAAUGUCAGUGUUUUCAAGAAGUAGCCAUUCUUUCAACCAGCAAAAAGCUGCUGAUUCAUAGUAAAGUUUAAGGUCUGGCAGGGCAAAUCCACCUCUUUCCUUUGCAUCCGUUAGUAUUUUAAAUUUUAUUCUGGGCUUCUUGCCCUGCCAGACAAAUCUAGAAAUAUCUUUCUGCCACCUCUUGAAACAAUCCAUUUUGUCCACAAUUUGCAAAGUUUGAAACAAAAACAACAUUCUAGGCAAUACAUUCAUUUUUAUCGCAGCAAUACAGCCCAGCAGUGAAAGCUUCAAAUUUGACCAAAUUUCUAAAUCUUUUUUCACUUCAGCCCAACAUUUUUCAUAGUUGUCUUUAAAUAAAUUCCCAUUUUUUGCUGUCAUGUUAAUCCCCAGGUAUUUAACUUUCUUAACCACUGUUAAACCUGUCUCAUUCUGAAACCUCUCUCUUUCAAUCGGUGUUAAAUUUUUCUCUAAAACCUUAGUUUUUGACUUGUUCAAUUUAAAUCCUGCCACUUGACCAAAUUCUUGAAUCAGUUCUAAAACCCUUUUAGUACUAGAUUCUGGCUCCUGUAACGUCAAUACUAAGUCAUCUGCAAAUGCUCUCAAUUUGUACUGUAUAGUUCCGACCUGCAUACCUUUAACCAACCGGUCCCUUCUAAUCAUAUUCAGCAAAACCUCCAGGACCGAAAUAAAAAGAAGUGGGGAAAUUGGGCAACCUUGUCGUGUCCCUUUUUCAAUUUUAAGUUCUUCCGUCACAACAUUAUUUACAAUUAAUUUAGCCUUUUGUUCUGAAUAAAUUGCACUUAUACCAUUCUCAAAACCUUGGCCUACCCCCAUGCCCUGUAGAUUCUUCUUCAUAAAGUUCCAAGAAAUGUUGUCAAAGGCUUUUUCCGCGUCCACAAAUAUCAAAACUGCUUUAGUGUUUAUGUUCACUUCUAAUUUUUCCAGAAUAUCAAUUAUAUUCCUCAAAUUGUCAGACAUGUGUCUUCCUGGGAGAAAGCCCGCUUGGUCUUUGUGAAUCUCUUCCAUCAACACUUUUUUAAAUCUCUCUGCCAAAAUGUCAGCAAAAAUUUUGUAAUCCACAUUAAGUAAUGAUAUAGGGCGGUAGUUCUUAAGCUGUGUCUUUUCAGACUCUGUUUUCGGUACAAGUGUAAUAUAUGCUUCUUUCCACGACUCUGGUGCUCUUUUCCCCUCCAUUAUUUCGUUACAGACCUCUUUCAAAGGUUGAAUUAACCAUUCUUUCAAAGAUCUGUAGUAUCUAGAAGUCAAACCAUCCGGUCCUGGAGAUUUACCCAAUUGCAUAUUUUGAAUGGCACCUUCUAUUUCCUGUUCAGUUAUUUUAUAGUUCAAAAUUAAUUUAUUUUCUUGAGAUAUUUAUUGUAAUCCAUUUGUUUUCAAAAAUUGAUCUAAGUCUGUUUCUUUCAAUGGCCCUUGAGUAUAUAAUCGUUUAAAAUACCUCUGGAAACAAUUUCUAAUCUCUGCAGGGUUCUGUAUGUUUCUUCCUUCCACUUCUAAGUUCAUGAUUGUAUUUAGUUUUUGUCUCUUUUUCAUUUGCCAUGCCAACAAUUUACCACAUUUAUUGGCCGACUCAAAUGUCUUUUGUCUCAUUUGUUUAAUUUUCCAUUCUAUUUCCUGAUUCAUCAUUUUCAUGUAUUGUACUUGAUAUAACUUUAACUCUCUCAGAAUCUCUUGAGAUUUUGGGUUUACUCUCAAUCUUUUUUCACUUUCCUUUAUUUUGUCCAAUAUCUUAUCCUUCUUCUCAUUUUGAAUUCUUUUCUUUACAGUGUUCUGUUGUAUUAAGAACCCUCUCAUAACCGCUUUACUUGCAUCCCAGAUUACUCUUUUCUCCACGUUAGUGCUCAAAUUUAUCUCAAAAUAGUCUCUCAAGAUUUUUUGGGCCUUCUUAAGUACUUCUUCAUCCCUAAAUAAGGUGUGAAUCAUUUUUAUUUUAAGACAUAUUGCCAAAACAUGCUGUCAUACAGUUAUUUGUCCAGGCUUACUCACUGCUGUGUCAAAGUAGCACCAAAGUAGUUAAUAUAUUUUGGAGGAAAAUUAGUUGAUGUGAGAAAAUGGGACAUGAGAAACAUCACAAUAAAAUUCAAGCAGCGACAUAACUUCACCUUGUAAAUCAGCACGAUCAGUUCUUUCUAAAAGCACAUAAUAUGCGUGAGGCACAGUACAAAAACACAGCACAUGAGUUCCUGACUGCAAAUUCACAACUGAAGAAAGAAAAAUAAAUACAAAAGCAGAGGGGAAUUGGAGGGAAAAGGGAAUGUUCUUUCCUAAUAUGGAUUUGAAGGAUUACAUAACUAAAGAAACCAUCAUCCUCGUUGAGGUUUAAAACAUAUCACGCUGUGAAUACUAAUAUUAAAAUAAUGAUGAUGCAGUAAUAAUGUCAUUUCUUUUAUGAAUUGCUUCCCAUGAAACAUCCCAAAAUUAUUUAAUGUCAACAAUUGAAAAACUUCAACUUUAAAAGCAUAUUUAAACAUAUAUAAAAACAGAUGUAGACGGAUAAAAAUCUCCACUUAGAAAGCUUAAAAAGAUGAUAGAGACAGUGCUUGUUUGUUUUGUAAUAGCAGUGAGAUUCAAAGGGUAGGUUCCUACAUCAUAUGAAUGGGUCACCUGAUGAAGUGGCAUGUGCAAGAGACACUCCUUCAGAACGCAGCAAUCAUUUGGGUAUAUAAGGGGGUUAGGAUUGUUGGUGUUCUGAUUACCAAAGUUUAGGGUUAUUGAUAAAAGUACAGGAGCUUUGCAGAAAAGGUAGGAUGUUCAUUUCCUUCCAUUCGGAACACAUUGGACCACUUUGCUUCCAUCCAAAACAGACAACAUGGAAGCAGGAUGGUGCUGUCCCCCCACCUGUGUCAUGUCUUGCUCUGAUAGCUAAGAUUAAAUAGCCCUUUUGAGUCUUGAGUUGAUUUUCAGGGUCAGCUUAUUACUUCCUUAUAUUAUUACAUGUAUCUCUCAUCUUUCCUCCAAGGGGUGGUGCACAUGAUUCUCCUAUUCCUUUUCUCCCCACAACAACCCUGUGAGAUAGGUUACGCUGAGAGAAUGACUCAAGGUCACCUCAUGAGCUACAUGACUGAUUUGAGAUUUAAACCCUGGUUUCCCAGGUCCUUCUCAACACACUAAUCACUACACCACACUGUCUUAUUGAAACUGUUGCUGGAAUUCCUAAAGCAUCCAUGAUCAAAUUGUGUCAGCAAGGAAACCAAGGUAAGAUACCCAAGUCAGGCUUUCUGGAGGUACUGUUUCUAGAAAAAUGUGUUUUCUUUUGAUAGUUCAUGAGAGACAUAACUCAAGAUUGAUUGAAUCCCAAUCCUAUUUCCUAAAACUUCAGAGUACCAUAUUUUUUCAUGUUCCAGGGAGACAGCGGUGGACCUUUGAUGUGUUAUUUUCGAAAUGUUAGCAGGUAUUAUCUGAUAGGAAUCACCAGUUUUGGGCUUGGUUGUGGCCGACCAAGAUAUCCAGGAAUCUAUGUUCGUACAGUUAAUUACAAAAAUUGGAUAGAUGCGCAUUUAAUUGCUAAGACCACCAAUGUGAGCAUUCGAUGGAUUCUGAUCUAUUGGAUUGUUGCAUGGACAGUCUUUUAUAUUCUAUGAAGAGGCAAACUCUCUCUCCAUUGUACUAGAGUGAACUUGGAUUGCAAAAUUGGAAGCAAAAUUCUUCACUUUUAUCAACAAAUUUACCGUAUUCCCCCUUAUAAAUUAAAUAUAUGUAUAUAUCAGAUGUUAUUUAAAAUAU